AUGGACUUUCAGCGGCGCAGGAUCGCUGCAGUAGACACUCUUGCACCUGCCAUCGUCCUGGUACCUCGAGGGGCCACGACGAUGGCAUCAACAGAAACACACGAGGCGACGCCGAGUUCUACCGUGUCGCCGUAUCACUCAGGUCUCUCAGGAGUCAACCAACCAGUCAACCUGCUAUUUAAGGAUAUGCUAUGGUGGAGCUUGGGCAUCGUUGCUCUGAUAAUACUGACCAUCAGGCUGAUCGAGAUCUCAUGGACCAAGCUGCGGCAGGUGUCGGCCAUGUGCCAGGAUGGGGAGAAGCAGAACUACUGGAAGUACUCGCAGUGGACUUGGAUGCCGCGGUGGAAGAAGAACAUCAUCUACGCCCCGUUAUGGAACAAGAGACACAACCGCGAGAUCAGAAUCUCCUCAGCUAUCAACGUCGGAACGCUCCCCUCCAGGUUACACGCGAUCCUCCUUGGAGGCUAUCUCGGCAGCAAUUUGAUCUACAUGUUUGUCCUGAACUGGGAGAACCAGAACAAGUACGCUUUCUGCGCGGAACUGCGAGGCCGCUCCGGCACCCUCGCCGCCGUCAACAUGGUCCCCCUGAUCAUCUUGGCCGGUCGCAACAACCCGCUGAUUGCCAUGCUUAAAAUCAGCUUCGAUACCUACAACCUCUUCCACCGAUGGAUCGGCCGCACAGUGGUCAUCGAGACCCUCAUCCACACGCUUGCCUGGGCCAUCGUCCAAGUCGCCGAUGGAGGCUGGGAGAGUGUGAGCGACAGAGUAUUCCAUGACAAAUUCAUCGCGUCGGGCACCGCCGGCACCCUCGCGUUCGUCAUCCUCAUGAUCCUGUCCUUCUCGCCGAUCCGCCACGCCUUCUACGAGACAUUCCUGAACACCCACAUCAUCCUCGCGUUCAUCGCCUUCGUCAUGACCUGGAUCCACUGCGCGACCGCCGCUAUCCCCGGCGGCCUUCCCCAGCUGCCGUGGGUCAUCGCUAUCUUCCUCCUCUGGAUGGCCGAGCGAUUCUACCGCAUGUUCCGCCUCUGCUACUACAACUGGUCAAGCAAGGGCUACACCGAGGCCGUCAUCGAGCCCAUGCCCGGCGAGUGCUGUCGCGUGACGAUGCACCUGCCGCGGUACGUAGACGUCGCGCCCGGCAGCCACGCGUACCUGCGCUUCGCGGGCGUCAACCCGUGGGAGAACCACCCCUUCUCGAUCGCGUGGACGGAGCACACGGAGCAGGCCCUCCCCUACAACGAGAAGCGGGAGCCGCUGCUCGCGCGGCUCGCCAAGGCGCGCACGUCCGUGUCGUUCGUCGUCGGCGCGCAGACGGGCUUCACGCGCAAGCUGUACGACCGGGCGCGCGCGUCGGGCCGGCAGAGCGUGACGCUGCGGGCGGCGUUCGAGGGGCCCUACGGCGGGCACCACUCGCUGGACAGCUACGGGCACGCGGUGCUGGUGGCGGGGGCGACGGGGAUCACGCACCAGAUGUCGUACCUCCGGCACUUGAUCGAGGGGUACGGCGCGGGCACGGUGGCGACGCGGCGCAUCACGCUCGUGUGGAUCGUGCGCGACUACGAAGCGCUCGAGUGGGUGCGGCCCUGGAUGGACGCGGUGCUGCGCCUGCCGAACCGCAAGCAGCUGCUGCUCAUCAAGCUGUUCGUCACGCGGCCCAAGAACAGCCGCCAGAUCGUGUCGCAGUCCAGCACCGUGCAGAUGUUCCCCGGCCGCCCCAACAUCCCCACGCUGCUGAGCAAGGAGGUCGGCGAGCAGAUGGGCGCCAUGUGCGUCACGGUGUGCGGGCCGGGCGCGCUGGCCGACGACGUCAGAGCCGCGGUGCGCAUGGUACAGGACCAUGGGAGCGUGGUGGACUUUGUGGAGGAGAGCUUCACGUGGUGA